GAAGCCAGCGCACUCGGAGCCGGGCCGGCGGACGCGGUGUAGGUACGCGGGUCGAGCGGUCGGCUGAGCGGCGCAGGACCCUCGGCAGCAGCUGUGGCACGAGCCCCGCAUCGGGUCGGACCCGCGUUCCCCAGGCGACGGCCAGCGAGCAGUACGCGGAGGCGGAGCGGCAGAGCGGGCGCCGGGUGAGCUGGAGACCAUGGCCAAAAUGGAGGUGAAAUCCUCGCUUCUGGACAAUAUGAUUGGCGUUGGAGAUAUGGUUCUUCUAGAACCUCUCAACGAGGAGACUUUCAUCGACAACCUCAAGAAGCGCUUCGAUCACAAUGAGAUAUAUACAUACAUUGGGAGUGUGGUUAUAUCUGUGAACCCCUACCGAUCCUUGCCCAUUUAUUCGCCUGAGAAAGUGGAAGAUUACAGAAAUAGAAACUUUUACGAACUGAGCCCUCACAUCUUUGCUUUGUCGGAUGAAGCAUACAGAUCCCUCCGUGAUCAAGAUAAAGACCAGUGCAUACUCAUUACUGGAGAAAGUGGAGCAGGAAAAACAGAGGCCAGCAAGCUUGUUAUGUCCUAUGUGGCAGCAGUGUGUGGAAAAGGAGCAGAAGUUAAUGAAGUUAAGGAACAGCUUCUACAGUCUAACCCUGUCCUGGAAGCCUUUGGGAAUGCCAAGACUGUGAGGAACGACAACUCCUCUAGAUUUGGCAAAUAUAUGGAUAUUGAAUUUGACUUUAAAGGUGAUCCACUGGGAGGAGUGAUAAGUAACUAUCUUUUAGAGAAAUCUCGUGUUGUUAAGCAGCCCAGAGGUGAAAGAAACUUCCACGUGUUCUAUCAGCUGCUCUCUGGAGCCUCUGAGGAGCUGCUCCAAAAGCUUAAGCUCGAGCGGGAUUUCAGCAGAUACAACUAUCUCAGUCUGGACUCUGCCAAAGUUAAUGGUGUGGAUGAUGCUGCCAACUUCAGAACUGUCAGGAACGCCAUGCAGAUCGUGGGCUUUAUGGAUCAUGAAACCGAAGCUGUCCUGGAGGUAGUAGCCGCUGUGCUAAAACUGGGGAACAUCGAGUUCAAGCCUGAAUCACGAAUGAAUGGUUUGGAUGAAAGCAAAAUCAAAGACAAAAAUGAGUUAAAAGAAAUCUGUGAAUUGACCAGCAUUGACCAAUUGGUUCUAGAAAGAGCGUUUAGUUUCCGAACAGUUGAAGCGAAGCAGGAGAAAGUUUCCACCACACUGAAUGUGGCUCAGGCUUAUUACGCCCGCGAUGCCCUGGCCAAAAACCUCUACAGCAGGCUGUUUUCAUGGUUGGUAAACCGUAUCAACGAAAGCAUUAAGGCACAAACCAAAGUGAGAAAGAAGGUCAUGGGUGUUCUGGACAUUUAUGGCUUUGAAAUAUUUGAGGACAACAGCUUCGAGCAGUUUAUUAUUAAUUAUUGUAAUGAAAAGCUUCAACAAAUCUUCAUCGAACUUACUCUGAAAGAAGAGCAAGAGGAAUACAUACGGGAGGACAUAGAAUGGACUCACAUUGAUUAUUUCAACAAUGCUAUCAUUUGUGACCUAAUAGAAAACAACACGAAUGGAAUCUUGGCCAUGCUGGAUGAAGAGUGCCUGAGGCCAGGCACUGUCACAGACGACACCUUCCUGGAAAAGCUGAACCAAGUUUGUGCCACCCACCAGCACUUCGAGAGCAGGAUGAGCAAGUGUUCCCGCUUCCUCAACGACACAACCCUGCCUCACAGCUGCUUCAGAAUUCAGCAUUAUGCUGGCAAGGUGCUGUACCAGGUGGAAGGGUUUGUGGACAAGAACAACGACCUCCUGUACCGAGACCUGUCCCAAGCCAUGUGGAAGGCCGGCCAUAGCCUCAUCAAAUCUCUGUUCCCUGAAGGGAACCCUGCAAAAGUCAACCUGAAAAGACCUCCUACAGCAGGGUCACAGUUCAAGGCAUCCGUGGCCACUUUGAUGAAAAACCUGCAGACCAAGAAUCCAAACUAUAUCAGGUGCAUCAAGCCAAACGAUAAAAAGGCAGCACACAUUUUCAACGAGAGUCUGGUAUGCCAUCAGAUCAGGUACCUGGGUCUUCUGGAGAAUGUCCGAGUGAGGCGUGCAGGCUAUGCCUUCCGCCAGGCCUAUGAACCUUGCUUGGAAAGAUACAAGAUGCUUUGCAAACAGACAUGGCCUCACUGGAAAGGACCAGCAAGGUCUGGUGUGGAGAUUCUGUUUAAUGAGCUAGAGAUCCCAAUGGAAGAGUACUCCUUUGGUAGAUCCAAGAUAUUCAUCCGAAACCCAAGAACAUUAUUCCAAUUGGAAGACCUAAGGAAGCAGCGGCUAGAGGACCUGGCCACUCUCAUUCAGAAGAUUUACCGGGGAUGGAAAUGUCGUACACAUUUCCUGCUCAUGAAAAAAAGCCAAGUUGUGAUAGCUGCCUGGUGCAGGAGAUAUGCGCAACAGAAGCGGUACCAGCAGAUAAAGAGCUCGGCGCUGGUGGUUCAGUCUUACAUCCGGGGCUGGAAGGCUCGAAAACUCCUGCGGGAGCUGAAGCAUCAGAAACGCUGUAAGGAGGCAGCCACCACCAUUGCAGCAUACUGGCAUGGAACGCAGGCGCGAAGGGAGCUGAGACGACUGAAGGAGGAGGCUAGGAAUAAACAUGCUAUUGCAGUUAUUUGGGCUUACUGGCUUGGAUCGAAGGCUCGAAGGGAAUUGAAACGCUUGAAGGAGGAGGCUAGGCGUAAGCAUGCAGUUGCUGUCAUUUGGGCUUACUGGCUUGGACUGAAGGUACGCCGGGAAUACAGGAAGUUCUUCAGAGCGAAUGCUGGAAAGAAAAUCUAUGAGUUUACACUUCAAAGAAUUGUGCAAAAAUACUUCUUGGAAAUGAAAAAUAAAAUGCCUUCCUUGUCACCAAUAGACAAAAAUUGGCCAUCAAGACCUUACCUGUUCUUGGACUCGACUCACAAGGAGCUGAAAAGGAUCUUCCACUUGUGGAGGUGUAAAAAGUACAGGGACCAAUUCACAGACCAGCAGAAACUUGUUUAUGAGGAGAAGCUAGAGGCCAGCGAACUCUUCAAAGACAAGAAAGCUUUAUAUCCUUCUAGUGUUGGGCAACCGUUCCAAGGAGCUUACCUGGAAAUCAACAAGAACCCAAAGUAUAAGAAACUCAAAGACGCCAUUGAAGAGAAAAUCAUUAUUGCUGAAGUUGUGAACAAAAUUAACCGUGCUAAUGGGAAGAGUACAUCCCGGAUUUUCCUCUUGACAAACAAUAACCUUCUCCUUGCUGACCAAAAGUCCGGGCAGAUCAAGUCCGAGGUCCCCCUGGUGGAUGUGACCAAGGUCUCCAUGAGUUCGCAGAAUGAUGGCUUCUUUGCAGUCCAUCUCAAGGAGGGCUCAGAAGCAGCUAGUAAAGGAGACUUUCUCUUCAGCAGUGAGCACCUCAUUGAAAUGGCCACCAAGCUUUAUCGCACGACUCUCAGCCAAACCAAUCAGAAGCUCAACAUUGAGAUCUCCGAUGAGUUCCUGGUGCAGUUCAGACAAGACAAAGUGUGUGUGAAGUUUAUCCAAGGCAACCAGAAAAACGGGAGUGUGCCAACCUGCAAACGAAAGAACAACCGGCUCCUGGAAGUUGCUGUCCCUUAAGUGACGCCUCCCCUCCGCCCUCAUGGACUUGUUUCUUCAUAAUAGUGCAAUUUGAUUUUGUUUUACUUGGGGCUCGCUGUAUGUUUGGGAGUUGCCAAAGGCUAGUGGUUAGAGUCCUUUGGCGAAACUAAAAAGAAUUUGACUAAUCAGUUUUAAUUAUUGGAGUAGUUAACCCUAACGUCCACAGUCUGUCCUGCACAGGAUUAUAGAAAUUAACAGUGUCUGUUUCCAUGUUGUAUGUGUUUUCUCCUCAGUUACCAUUUUAGACUUGUGUACCGUAAACCCAUAUAUUUCCCAUAAAUCAUUAGUUCAUGUAAGCGUAGGAGGGGGCUUACAUCCAUUUAUCGGAUAUUUAUUGAAUGCCUACUUUUUGCUGGGCACUGUGCUGAACUUAUUAGAAAACUUUAUUUUUAAAGGUGUUGCCUUCUGGCUUAUUUUUGCUGGCAAAACAGCAGCUAAGAAGGUAGCAGAGAUCAAGGACAACCGAUACUGCUAAUGAUGAGAGCGUUGGUGGGAACCCUGUGGUGUGAUGUAAGCAGUGUACACAUUGAGAAGCUGUGGGCCUGGGAGGAUUGGAGAUGGAUGAUUGGGUGAAAUUCCUCUACUUUUCUUUCUUUCUUUCUUUCUCUCUUUCUUUCUUUCUUUCUUUCUUUCUUUCUUCCUUUCUUUUUUUCUUUCUUCCUUUCUUUCUUUCUUUUAAAAUCUAUUUGAAAAAGAGAAAACUGACUUUUAGACGUGCACAUUUAUUUGUUCAGAUCCCCUGUCAUUACCUUCUGUUAGAGAAUGGAAGUUACUCUCACUGUAGGGAAAGUAACUGAACCAGGGCAGCACGAUGCUUUGUUGCCGUUCCAGAGAAGCAUGAGAUGGACCCUGGAUGCCCCCCCCCCCUUGUUCUCACCCAGAGUCGGCAGCCAUCGAAAUGGCACGUAAGAAAAGGCCAUGAGCCGUUCAGAGUGGCCCAUCUUCUCUUCGAUGUGCAAUAAAACAUCCAAGGCCACCUUUGAAAGUUUUAUUUAUAAUAUACAUUUUGUUUUUGUAUGAGAGAGGUGAUUGAUUGGUUGGUAUAGGGUGUGUAUUUUAGUGAAAGAUCAAAAUUAAGGUAGAAUUAGUUUUCAGGGCUUCUUGUUUUAUUUUUUGUUUUUCUUUCUCUCUUUAAAAUUUAGAAUAAAGAUCCACCAAGGAAACCACAUUUUAAACUCUGGAAUUAAAUUUUUUCUUAUUUGGGAGGAUAAUGUAUAUACAUCGGGAUUCUGUUAAAUAAUAAAAUUGUUCUAAUUUGGUGCCAUUUGCUGAAUCACAACUGUAUUUUUGUAUCUCAAGCUAUUUUCAUAUGUUACAUGUCUAAUGUGUCACAGAAAGGUUUUCCAUCCAGACAGUAUAUGGUCUCUGUGUUAUCGGCUUUUCACUAAUCUUUUUGUACCAAUAUCAGCCAAUGAAAAUAUUCCCUGGGGAUUUUCUUUUGAUUUUUGUACUUAAAAAAAAAAAAAAGUUCUGAUAAAGAGAUUCUCAAA